AUGUCAGGCAGCAUCAAUGUCCCUGAAGUGGCCCCACCACCUGUGACUACCACCACCACAACAUCAGAUAACAAAUCAUCAUCAAUAGACCAAUCAUCACAAAAUAAUGACACAGAACAUACCUCUCUAGACCAAAUAGUGAAAACCCAACCCAAGGGCGACUCAUCAACAAACUUUUUCCCUCAAUUACCUUCGCAGUCAAUCACCCUGCCACCGCCCAAAAACAAUAAUGCUUCCACCCAAUUCGACCCAGCAAUUUACAACAUCGACUCAACAACAGUUGGUCCAUCAUCACAAACCGCCGAUGCCCUCCCCACUAUAACUCCCUCAAUGGCGCUAAUGCAACAGCAAGCCACUUCUGCUCUCCUAUAUAACCAACUAAAUCGCCCAACCAUCAACACCAACAUCAACAUCACCUCCAAUAGUGCAGCAUCCAGCACCACGCCCACCCCAAGCAGGUACCUGUUUUUACUGCCCACCACUUUAAGUCCCACCACCACCACCACUAACCAAGGUAAAGCUUACACCGGGACAAAACCGGUGUACCACAACGCAAAAUCAAGAACUAAAAUGGCGUCGGUAUAUUCGGAUAGAUUCGAAGCGUUUGCCGCGGCCAACCAAACAAUGAAAAAUGAUUCUUCCAAUAGUAAGGCUGCCACCACCCCUGCCACAUUAGCCAAAAGAAUGAAAAUCGACCCGAUGUACGCCGCAAUCCUCAAGGGUCCUCCAAAAACCUCCCGUUUUUAUAAAUCGUUACCUGAAAACAAGAGCGACAUUAACUCCACCACCCAUCAUUAUAACCCAUAUCUAUACCUCCAGCAUCGUACCAGAGUUAAUCCUCCUUUGGAUUUCAACUAUGUCGACACUAGAGAAAAUAUCAUGGAGAAUUUCCAAUACGUCAAUCUCGAGGAAACCGAAGUGUUGAUCAAUCAAGCUUUUGAGUUUGAUAAAAUGAACCCCGACGAACAAUGCCCUCCAAAAGAUUUACCAGUAUUUUACAUGUCUGAAGAUGAAUUUCGCGAUCCCAUCACGUUUAUUGAAAAAAUCGCUCACGUUGGAAGAAAAUAUGGGGCAAUCAAAGUGGUGCCUCCAAGCUCGUGGUCGACAAAUUUUAGUCUCAACACCGAGCUAUUUUGGUUCCGUUCUAGGCGCCAAUUACUCAAUAAUUUCAAAAGUGAAAUGGAUUCCCGGCUCGAAUUUUAUUACGCGAUUUUCAAUUUUCAUUUCUUGGUGAACCGGAAAAAAAGUGCUAGCUCAAUAUUGAACAAAUUGCCAUCCAUCGAUAAACGAAUUCUUGAUUUGUAUCGUUUGAGAAAAUAUGUCAAAUUAAGAGGUGGAUUCCACAUGGUAUGUAAAAAGAAGCUUUGGGCCCAAAUUGGUAGAGAAUUGGGUUAUUCUGGAAGAAUUAUGACCUCAUUGUCCAGUUCGUUAAAGCUGGCCUAUCAACGAGUAAUAUUGGAUUUUGAUGAAUACGAAAGCAACCAGGAGUCUAAAACUAGUGACACCAAAAAUGGAAAUGGCAAAAGAACUAUGGAAGAUACCAAGGCUCCCAAUAAGAAUAUCAAGUUGGAGAGGAAACAAGACCCAAAAAGUGAAAGUGCCCAUAAUGAAAACCCACAGAAUUUACCCAAUAUCUUGGGAUCGACCGUCGAAUUCAGAAGACCGAGAGAUAUCUUGAGAUCAAAAGGAUUCCAUACCUAUUUCAACAACACUACCGAGGAGAAAAGAAGUAUUUCCAAGAAGGAUAAGUACACGUUAUCUUCGUAUAACUUCUACGAUUGGUUCAACCAAAGCCUACUCAAUGUAUUAGACACUUCAUCAUAUGAUUCCAAACUUGCGCCACUUUACAACUUGAAGCAAUUCUUUGAAAAAAACUUGAAGUUUGAAGAAAAUAUUUUACGAGAGUUUGCGGAAGAAUUAGGAAUUGAUCCAAACUUUGAAUUUGAACCUUUUAAUUGGGGAUACAUUAGUAGUAACAAAAGCUCUAGAAAGGAUAAACUAUCUCCAUCAGGAAUGUUGAAUAAUUGUAACAGUAGCUCAGCUAAUAGUUCAAUGAUUGGGAUGACCUCAGCAUCGUCGUCAGCCGGUAACCUGAAAAAGGAUAAUAUCCCCAUUAAUAGACCUUUCAGACUUGAUGAUGAAGAGCUUGAGAAAUUAUAUUGGAGAGUAGUGAACGAUCAAGUCAACUCAUAUGAAGUUGAAAGUGGGAUGGAAAUCGAUAGUACGGUCCACGAAUCUGCAUUCCCAACGAUUUCUUGCCCUCAGCCAGUGCAUGACGAUAAAAAAAUUUCCGAGUCCUUAGAUCCUUGGAAUCUCAAUAAUUUCCCAAUCAAUGACCAAUCUUUGCUACGUUACUUGGACGAUGAUGAUUACUCUAACCUCACCAGAACUAAACUUUCUAUUGGAAUGAUGUUUAGCACGGAAAACUGGAAUAUGGAAGACCACUUUCUCUAUAAGGCUUCGUAUAAUCAUUUGGGGUCCACCAGGGUCUGGUACAGUAUUCCACCAGCGUACCAACAGAAAUUUGAAGCGUUAAUUAAAUCUCACACCAAAGUGAAGAAGCAAAACUUCAAUGAUGAUGAUGAAGUUUCUAUGGAUAAAGAGAUUUCCAAGAAUGAACAAGCGGCAAUGGUAUACGAUGUCCAAAAUAAUCUAUCAAUCCAAGAAUAUUUGCAUUGCUGUGUGGAAAAUAAGGUACCAUCGGUUUAUGACAAUGAUCGAUUUGUGCAUCAAAAAUCCAAGAUUUUUGGUAAAUACUUCACUAAGACAAAGGCCGGUUUAAACCAGUAUGAUAGAUCAGGAGGUAAAUUCCCAAGCAAACACCGGAUCAGGACAAGAAUUAAGGACUUGCCGGUGAUGUAUAAUCAAGAUACUUUUUUCCCACCGGAAUAUUUGAUCAAGAAUGGGAUACCAGUUUACAAAACUUAUCAAAAACCAGGACAAUACAUUAUCAAGUUUGCCAGAGCUUACACCUCCAACAUUGGAUUAGGUUUUACGGUGGGUGAAUCGGUGAAUUUUGCCCCACCAAAUUGGAUUGACCACGCCUUUGAAGCCGAAAAAUGGUUGACCAAACAAAAUAUCAUUCCUGCAUUUUCUGCCAUCAAAUUGUUGAUAAAUAUUGCCAAAGAUAAAGAUAUUGCCAAAAAUGAUAAAUUAAAGGAAAAAAUCAAGCCAUUAUUUGAGAAAUUCUUCACUACCGAGACGAAAUUACGGGAGAAGUUUUUGCAAAUUUUUCCUACUGCUCAACGGGAGUUGAUUAAAGAUGAUAAAGUGGAUUAUCAAGACACGUUUUCCGACCAUAAUUUGGAAACUUGCUAUCCUUCAAAAGUGAUUCUCAAAAUGAAGGACAGCGUUUUCCAAGUAUCAUUACACAAUUUCUUGCAAAUUUAUGAUAUCAAUAAGAAAUUUGCCAAAGCCAUUGAAGUGGAUAAGAAAAUCGAGGUCAACUUGCAAGUUUAUUAUACUACCCAAGAAUUGCAAAGUAUUCAUCAAGGUCUUAGUGUCAGUGGUAAUAAUACCGAAGAAUGGUUGAAGGAUUUCAAGAACUUCAUGAAGGAAAAUCCAAAACCCGAAUUGUCCAACUUGAAAAAUUUCUUGAAUAGGAAUUCCAGUCUCUAUGAUGAAAUCCCAGAGUAUAGAAGAUUGCAAAAAUUCAUGGCUGAAGCGUAUACUUGGGUAAAACAUGCGCAAUUGAUUCUCCGUCGUGAUCGCUCCCCUGGUAAAUCUUUGUUGGACGCAAGUUUUGUGCAAAAAGUGGUGGAUACCGUACCAUCAUUACAAUUCACUUGUCCGGAAAUCCAAGAAUUGAUGACAUUUUCUGAGUGGAUUGAGAUGUACAACAAGAAAGUUUCAGAAUUUCUCACCCAGAAAGACUAUCAUAUCAGCGAAUUUAAAGCGUUGAUCAGCGAAGGUGAAUCAUUUGGGGUGUCGUUGAAAUCGUUGAAUAUUUUGACAAAAAUUGUCCGGCGUAUGAACUGGCACCAUCUUGCCACUCAAUUAGUGGUUCGUAAAGGGAAAACAAAUGAUUUACGUACCAUUGAGAAAUUACACAAAGAUGGUCUUGAACUUUUUCAAGAUGGGGACAAAGAAUUGCUAGAUCUAAUCAAACAGAAAUUGGAUGAUGGGAAGAAAUUGGACGCCAAAGUGAGAGAGAAGUUACAAGAAGAUUUCAUCACCAUGGAAGAUGUCCAAUCAUUACUUGUGGCGUCGAUUGAAACCCCAUUGUAUCCAGAAACUCUCAAAUUGAUCAAUGCAGUGUUCAAUGAUCAUCGUUAUGUGGAGGAUAAAUUGGGCAAAUCGAUCUUCCGGAUCCGCCACUGUCAAAAAUUGAUCAACAGAGAAGUUGACAUUCGUUUAAAAUUAGAAGAGCGUUACAAAUCGCAUGAGAAAAAUCGUGCCGAAGAGAAAACGAAAUUCCUAGGUAAAGAAGAUGGGGCAGAACAACAACAACAACAACAACAACAACAACAACAACAACAGCAACAACAGCAAGAGGAAACGGAAAGCUCUCAAGAAGAUGAAAGAUUCAAAUUUUUCAUCAAAGGGGGGUUGAUUUCAAGAUUGGAAGAUGAAUAUUUACACGAUUUCUCCCUCAAGUUUGAUGGUGGGUUAAGAGACGAACGGCCAUUCUGUAGAGAAAUGGCGGAACUUAUGGAAAGCAUCAAAAGGAUUUCCAUCGUCAACAAGGAAUCAUUAGAAUUAGAGUCGGAGUUAGCGAAUACCGAAGUUUGGUCGCAAGAAUGUUUCAAAUUGGUUGUUCAAAAUAGUGGUAACGUUUCCCGGAAAACUUUGAAAGAGGUUUUGUCCGAUCUUAUUUUUCUUAAUAAGGGCGCCUUUGGACUUCAUGAACCUGAUCCUUAUAGACCUCCUGAACCAAUUAACCAUGUCCUUGGGCCUAAACAGUUGAGUGGCGGGAGGUUGCGUUGCUUCUGUCGUAGAAAUGACAAAGUGGGAAGAAUGAUCCACUGUAUGAGUUGUGGGGAAUGGUACCAUGAACGUUGUUUGCGGAAACGUGGUGAUUAUUCCAUAAUCUUUGAUGAAGGUUUCAAAUGUCUUGUUUGUGACGAGACUUCGGUGCAACGGCAAUAUAUCAGACCAACCUUCCACCAAAUCUUGUACGCUUAUUUUGCGGGUAGAAACUUAUUGAUUUGUCCUGAUGAUUUGUAUCUCUUGACGGAGAUGAUCAAUGAUGCCAGAGUUUUCUUGAAGGAGGUUUGCACGGUGUUACAAAUGAAGAUUUAUGAUGAUAGCAGUAACCGAUGCGUUCCUGGUCCGUCAAAGACAGAAAUUAGAGAAACCGAUAUUUCCAAAUUGAAAUUUUAUUUGCGGAAAUUUGAAUCCAGUGGGAUCAAUUUCGAGACCGAGACCAGGUUAAUUAGGGAUUGUGUGAAGCAUUUGGAAGGUGAUAUAACGAAGCCUGUGAAGGAAGAGAAGGAGGAGGAUGGGAAGAAUCUUGGAAGAGAAAAAGUUGACCCUUCAUUACCGGAAGAUCAAGAGGGAGACCCAAAAUCAAUGGGAUUUGGCACCUCUUCGAUUCUUUUGAAUUGA